GGCCAUGUCAGACCUGGAGGGCAAGAUCGUAGAGAAGGAGGGCGAGAUCUCGCAGCUGGAAGAGGAGCGGGCCAAGGAGCACGCCGCCUACGCCAACCGGAGCGCGGAGGCCGUCGGCGCGAUCGACGCCGUGGGGCGCGCGAUCGUCGCGCUGAAGGGGUCGAAGGCCAGCCUCUCCGGCGAGGCCGAGCUGCUGGCCAUGCUGGCUCUGGCGCAGGUGCGGGAGGAGGUCCUCCGGUCCCGCCUGGUCGGCCUCACGGCGAGCCAGGCCAGAGCCCUCGGCGCGCAGCCAGGAGAUCCCCACUCCUACAGCUAUCACUCUGACGAGAUCAUUCAGACGCUCGAGGGGCUGCUGGACACCUUCAAGAAGGAGAAGGC